AUGAAAUCAUUUCUGAAAUCAUUAAAAGAAGAAUUUCAAAAACCUCUUGCAGCAAACGUACAGCCAUUAGCUCCAACCAAUACACAACCACAAUCUUAUACCAAUGCACAACCACCUUCUUAUGAAAAUAUUCCUGGUAUACCACAAAACGGGAAUGAAUAUUCUAAAUUAUUAGGUUAUUCUUUAUACUUCUUUGAAGCCCAAAGAAGUGGUGCUUUACCCGCAAAUAAUAGGAUACCAUGGAGGCAUAAUUCAGCGCUUACCGAUGGUCAUGAUGUUGGACUAGAUCUGACAGGGGGCUAUUACGAUGCAGGCGAUUAUUUAAAAUUCACAUUACCAUUAUCAUGGUCUUUAACUAUCGUGUCAUGGGGUGCUCUUGAAUGGUUUGAUGGGUAUCAACUAUCAGGUCAGACUGGAUACCUUUACGAUAUGAUCAAAUGGGGCACUGAUUGGUUGCUUAAAGCUCAUCCCUCACCUACCGUAUUGUAUGUUGAGGCGGGUAUAGACACAGUGGAUCAUGAUUAUUGGGAUUAUGCCAAUUUGUUACUUCAACAUGCCGUGGAUCUUUUCAACUUUGCUGAAACAAAACCACACCAAGUGUACACAGUUGCUGUUCCACAAGCAAAAGAAGCAUAUGAAUCCUCACGUUAUGACGAUAAAUUAGUUUUCGCAGCAUUAUGGUUGUUUCAAGCAACAAAUCAAAUCGGUUAUUUAGAUAAAGCAGUACACUAUUUUAAUGAGUUUUCACAAGAUGAAUGGACUAGCGCAAUCAAUUGGGAUGACCAUUCAGGUUCAAAUUAUAUUUUACUUGCUAUGCUUACAGAAAGGGCAGGAAGAGAUUGUUCUCCAUGGAAGGCAGAGGCAGAAAAGUAUUUAGAUGGAAUGGUGAACCAAAGACAUAAAGAGUGUCAUCUUACAAAUGGUGGAUUAUUAUGGCUUAAAGGUGAUAGUGAUAGUGCUUCACUAAACGUGGCGCUUAAUAUUUCAUUCGCAUUACUUGUUUAUGCGCGCCAUGCCACAACCCCAGAUAAAAUUCGAUCGUAUACGAAUUUUGCGGUAUCACAAAUUGAUUAUUUGUUGGGAAAGAAUCCGUUGAAUAAAGUUUAUGUUGUUGGUGCACACCACAGUUCACCAAAGAAUCCACAUCAUGCUGGUGCGAGUGGAGGAACUGAUAUCGGAAAUAUACGCCAUCCGCCAGUGUCAAGGUAUGUUUUAUACGGCGCUGUUGUUGGAGGACCAGAUAAAAAAGACAGAUAUAACGAUGAUAGAGAAGAUUAUGCUAGAUCAGAGGUGACACUAGAUUAUAAUGCACCAUUUCAAAGUUUAAUGGCUUACCAAGUAAUGCAUGCUAAUUAUCCACCACCUUAUCUCGCUUUUUAA